CGCCUCAUUACACAUUUUUCAUCUGAUUAAAGGUAACGAAGAAGAAUGAAGCGGAAGUUACGAUUAAUGUUGACAUGGCGUCUCACAUGUAAAUCAUCGCGCUGCCAACAUUAAAUAAACCAUAAUAUUUGGCGAUUAGAAGCUUCUAGUCAACUAUCUGCGCCAGUACCAAGAACAAACAAUGAGCACACAAUACAGCAUUCUUUUCAAGCAAGAGCAUGCACAUGAUGAUGCUAUUUGGACAACGGCGUGGGGUAAAAGUGAGGCAGAUGGGUCUGAAACUAUUGUCACUGGCUCGUUGGAUGAUAUGGUGAAAGUCUGGAAAUGGUCAGACGAGAAGCUGGAGCUGCUGUGGACUCUGGAAGGCCACCAGCUGGGUGUGGUGUCGGUGGACAUCAGUCAUAAUGGGGCGAUCGCAGCCUCCAGCUCCCUAGACGCACACAUACGUCUCUGGGAUCUGGAGUCUGGAAAGCAGAUCAAGUCUAUGGAUGCUGGACCAGUUGAUGCGUGGACAGUUGCUUUUUCUCCAGACUCUAAAUACAUUGCCACAGGAAGCCACCUUGGAAAAGUUAACACCUUUGGUGUGGAAAGUGGCAAAAAGGAAUUUUCCCUGGAUACUCGAGGAAAAUUCAUCCUGAGUAUUGCUUACAGUCCUGAUGGGAAAUAUUUAGCCAGCGGAGCCAUUGAUGGAAUUAUCAACAUCUUUGACAUCGCCACUGGGAAACUACUCCACACGCUGGAAGGUCAUGCUAUGCCAAUCAGAUCCCUCACCUUCUCCCCAGACUCUCAGCUCCUCGUCACAGCCUCAGACGACGGCUACAUAAAGAUAUACGACGUGCAACAUGCCAACUUGGCUGGAACACUGAGCGGGCACGGAUCAUGGGUGCUUAAUGUGGCCUUCUCCCCAGAUAACACCCACUUUGUCUCAAGCUCGUCUGACAAGAGCGUGAAGGUUUGGGACGCCAGCUCCAGAGCCUGCAUCAACACCUUCUUUGACCACCAGGACCAGGUGUGGAGCGUGAAGUACAAUAGCACUGGCUCCAAGAUCAUUUCUGCUGGAGACGACCGCGCCAUCCACAUCUACGACUGUCCCAUGUGAUGAAGCUUGUCCAAAUCAUGGAGCUGGUUCUGGUCUCUGAAGAGGGAGGGGUGGGACGGAUGCUGUAAAUGUCAUAGGUUUUGUUUUUGCACUGACCAACUACGGUCAAAUAAAGGGUUGGGUUUUUUUA